CGGGUUGUCUAAAUUUAGGGGUUUAUUUAUAUUUAUUACUUGGCGGUUUGGUUCCCUUAAUUAUAUGAAAAACUUAAAAUCGUCUGCUAUGCCGAACUGUAAUAAAUCCUAGAUUUUGUAGGUAAAAGUGAGAAUAACUAAAUACGGAAUCUACAGGAAAAUGGUAAUUGCUAAGAUAUGACUGAUACAAUGAACAAGAAGCUUAAGAGGAUUUCUGAAUCUGACAGAAUAUCAGAAUACGACCAUGCAACUCAGAAGACUCUAGAAGAAAUUGAUGCCAUUCAAAAUGAAUUGGACACUAUUAACGAAAAGGCCUCUGAAGAGAUUCUACAAAUUGAAAGAAAAUACAAUCGUAUUAGAAAACCUCAUUUUGAGAAACGAAACCAACUCAUCAACAGUAUUCCAAAUUUUUGGGUUACUGCAAUGAUGAACCAUCCGGACUUGAGCAAUCUUUUUAGCGGACAAGAGGAAGAGGACUGUUUACAUCAUUUAACUAAAAUAGAAAUUGAGGAUUUUGAGGAUAUUAUGUCUGGGUAUUACAUAAAAUUCUACUUUGAUGAAAACCCAUACUUUGAAAAUGCUGUCUUAACAAAGGAAUAUCAUUUAGGAAAUGAUCCACCCACUUCAAAAAGUUCUCAGAUUAUUUGGAAAGAAGGCUAUCAACUGGGACAAAAUACCCAAGAAACUACAAACAAAAAUAGUCGAAAGAGACGCGUGGAUUGUUUAAAAACAAGCUUCUUUAAUUGGUUUAAUGAUAAUAUUGAUCCUUAUACUGAUGAUUUUGCUGAGGAAUUUAAAGACGACUUGUGGCUUAACCCUUUGCAAUAUUAUUUAGUGGCAGAUGGACAGGAAGAAGAAAAUGGUAUAGAAGGGGAAGAAGAAAGUAGCAGUGAUGACAAUGAUGAUUCGGCUAUACCAGAGGAUCAGUCAGGAACCAACAGUCAAAGUGCAAGCAGUAGUUUAACUGGAAGAACUGUUUGAAUUUAAUAAUAACCUGCUAAAAUACAAUUUUAUUUCAUACAAUUUUUUUUGGCUUUUAAACUCAACUCUUAACUGAUUUUUCCUGUAGGUAUAUAUAGAUACUGUAAAUUUGAAUGAAUUUUCUAUGUAAAAUAAGGGUAAAAUAUAUGUGAUUACAAUGUUGA